GCCCCUGGACUUGACUCGCAUCCAUGCUUCUCAAAUUGAGCUCCAAAGUAGGCUUGACAAACACGUUGCCAGACUUAGCCAUUUUCAGGCAGUUUCCCAGUUUUGGCAUAGCAUUUUGGUCAGGUUCAAAAAUGGUCUUUUGGACUUUUUAUUGAGCUUCCAAGUACUUUAAUGUGUAGAGGGACACUUCAGCUUCAAAACAAGCCUUUAAUCUCCAAUUUCCAUCUAGCUAAUUGCAAGAUAUGAAUCUCCAAAGUACGCACCAUGAAACUGUUUUUACACUGAAACAACAAAUUAGGUCGACCUGAUCCUAUAUGAGGUCGACCGAAAAGUGCAUGUCACCGUGACAUGCAUGUCACCGUAGCAAAGUCCAAAAUUUAAAUAUUUUCACCCUAAAAUGUAUGAAAAUGACGUUGAUAUCCCUAUACCAAAUUCAAACCCUAAUCUCUAAACAAACAAAAUUUCACCCAAUCUCACCCCGUCGUCCCGUCCACCAAUCGGAUCACGGCAGUCGCUGCCGUUUCCCCAACUCGACAAGACUCUGAUUCCCCCAAACGCCAUCGUUGCGUUUCCCCGGGCCGGAUUCUGGCCGUCGUGGCCAUUCCCCCGCACGCACUCGCUACCAUUAUCCCAUUCUCCGCCGACCCGCUGCUUUUGUUAAAGAAGGAGCAGGAGUAAAGAGUCCGAGCACUAGUCUGUCGAGAAGGAAGAGGCACGAGGAGGAGGAAUAAGGAAGAAGAACGUCGCCGCUUGGUACGCCGAGAAGGGAGAAAAAGCCAACCACCGUAGUUGAGUUUUAUUUUUAUUUUUUUUUGUUUCCAUAAUCCCAACCAAUUUACAAUUUUCUUGUUGUAUUUGUUUUUUUUUUCGUUGAAAUUAUUUUUUAUUAUACUUGUAAUUGAUAUUUUGAAUAUUUAAUUUUGUUAUUUGGUAUAUUUUUAAGUUAAAAAAAAACUAAACAAAGGGCAUCAUAGUCAUUUUAAUAAAAAUUAGGGCGACAAAUAAAUUAUUUUAGGGCGACAAAUAAUAAUGCCGGAUUAGAAAACAUAAAGGGAAUAAAAAACACUAAGGAGGAAGCUUCUAUAUCACCCGCCGGUGACCCAAACAUUCCCUAAACGCCAAAAGCCUACGUCACCACUUCUUCUUCUUCUUCUUCUUCUUCUUUCACUUCCUGUAUUUUUCUUUUCGUCCUGCACCAUUUGUUUUUCUUUUCUCUGAAGAGUCCAGUUCAAGGCCUACAGAAAAAGAAUUGCUCUUUUUACUCUGUUUCACGCCCAUCUCGUCCCUUCCCUUUUCCCCACCCAUUUUUUCCGGCUUCCAAACAGCUUCUUCACUCAUUCAUUCCCACUUAAGAUAUCCCCUGCCUCAGCCAUCUGAAAAGUGAAAAACAAAUUUGUUUGUUGUUUCCCGGAAAAAGAAGGCUGGAUAUUAAAUGCCACUCUACCUAUUACCCAUUUUCUUCACUGCAGACUGAAAUGCCGCUGCCGUUCUUCCUAGAUCCGUCUACGACCGGUGCACUUUGAAAGUUUCUCAGCGCUUGACCAUUCUGGUGUUGUCCACUAAAGAAUCGACAGAUUUGUAGGGGGAAAUGGGAGUUCUGACGGAGAAAUGGUGCUUCUGUAAAGGAGUGGGGAAGUCGGAGAGAAUGCAGGCCGCCAUUUUCUCCGGCAAGGGUUCGGCCAUGGCCAGGAUCUCCGGUGGAGCUGGGACUCAAGUUCCCGGGACUGGGUUCUUAAUCCACAGGAAUCUCCUAUUGACUACUCAUGUUAAUAUUCCCUCUGUCACUGCCGCCGAGAGCUUGGAGAUCCGCAUCCACAACGGCGUCGCCGCAACCCUAGCCCCCCACAGGUUUUUCAUCACAAGUUCUGUGUUGGACCUUACCAUAGUUGGUUUAGAUGCUGCGGCGGAUGGAGACUCCAACGGCCAAGGGCAGCUGCAGCAGCACCAGCCUCAUUUCUUGAAGACCUGUCCUAAACCAAACCUAGAUCUAGGCAGCGUCGUUUACUUCCUGGGUUACUUGGAGAAAGAAGAGUUAUCUGUUGGCGAGGGAAAAGUCGUCAUUGCUACUGAUAACUUGGUAAAACUCUCCACUGAUGGCAUAACGUGGCGCACUGGUUCUGCUGGGUUUGAUGCACAGGGCAACCUUUCGUUCAUGAUAUGCGACCCCAUGAAAUUGGCCACAUCUCCAAACACUAACAAAUCUUCUUCAACUUCAUCUUCGUCAUCAUCAUCAUGCAACAAGAGAGAUUCUCCUAAGCAAUUUGGUAUCCCCAUUCCCAUCAUAUGCGAUUGGUUGAACCAACAUUGGGAAGGAAGCUUGGACGAGCUAACCAAACCGAAGCUGCCCAUUAUCAAAUUGAUGUCUGCUGGCCAGAAGAGUGAGCAUUCAUGUACAUCUUUCUCACUUCGCCAAGUCUUCAAGUCUCCAGAAGCUGAGCAGGAUAAAACUCCAGCAGUAGCAUCAUCAUCAUCAUCCAAAAACGUGGCCGCAGCAAGCACUGGCAAUGGCAAUGAAGAAAACACCAACACUUCUUCUGAUCCCAAUGCUACUGCUGCACAUGUGCAGGGAAUCCCUACACCUGAAAUAUAUGAAUCAGCAAGGCUGACUGCCUUUCCUGUUCGAAAGAAAGAAACUGGGCACAAACAGCUUCUUGAUAUUAAUUUCCCUCCCAAGAUUGCCAAAGCUGACAGAAAGUUGCUGCCUAGUAACUGUGAUGAGAAGAGCUAUGUUGGUCAAUCUUCUCCAAACGGACAUUGUAGUCCUGAAGCUGAGAUCUCAUCUACAGGUUCGGUGAAUGGGGGAAAGAGUGAAGUUCAGUCGAGUUCCUCUCCUGUGGAGGGCCCGGAAUUGCAUAAUAAUAACAAUAGUAAUACAGGAUAUAGUAGUGAGGGAGAAACUACAAUGUACUCAGCAGAGACUGCAGAGAGUCGGAAUUACACGAGUCCUCGAGAAGGUAAGUUUCAGCAAGUUGGGAGGAGUCAGAGUUGUGUGAGCUACAAUAGAUGGACAACAACUGUGCAAAGGAAACCAAUGCCUCGUAGGACAAUGCUAGAGCAGCAAAGGAGCUUUAUUCAUGGAAGGAAGAUGUCGUCUCAAGGGGCGACUUCCCAGAGGAGUAAUGACUACUUUAGCCCUACAGUGUCCUCGGUUAUGAAGAAUAGAAGCAGUGCAGAGCCGCCAGUUAGGCAGAGAAAGCCACAAGGUCCUGCUGUUACUGUUCACUCUUCUCCUAGGUGGAUGUUUUGAUGUGUAACAACAUAGUUGCAUGUUUGUGCAGUUCCGAAAUCUUUCACCAUAAAUGAGAAAAUCCAGGCAGGGAGGGUUGUUGUUUUGCCAGGCUAAUUAAUUUUAUCUCUGCCUGUGCACAACUCUUGUUAUAUUCAAACAAAUCCCUUGUGCACCCUGGUGGAUGUUUUUCGUUAUAUUAUUAUUAAUUGUUUUUUUUUUAUAGAAACCCGCCAAUAUCAUUUUUAUUAUAAAUAUUGUAUAUUUGUUAAAUAGGGAUAAUUAAUUUAUGAGGAUAUUAUAUUAGUAGGGCUUGGUUUAUAAGUUAUCAGUCAAGUUUAGUUUUGUUAUAAGGAUUUUGAAUUUUUUGUUUUGUUUUUCGGGUGAAAACAGGCGCUAAGGAGUAUUAUUAAUCAUUCGGGCUUCCUGAAUUCCGACCGAGAAUGUCAUGCAUGGUUUAACCAAAAUGAAAUGACAACAAAGGC